CUUAACCUUAAAACCUCACUUAUUUUGGACCGGAGUAAUAUUUAUUUAUUGGAGUACUAUUAUUCAAAUAAAUAUCCAUUUCAUUCAUCACAAACUACUCCAUUACCUCCUUCAUCAAUAAUCUAUGUAUCUUCCUUUAAUCUCCUGUAAUAUUGUACAAACUAUAGGGUUAUAACUGUAAUUCACUAUUUCCCGAUAUGGGUGUUUCAUUUUCCCUCCUUAUUCCACCUAUCUCCGCCACUCCACCGCCGUGUCCCGGCAUCGUUGACUUGCCGGAAAAUUGCGUGGCAUCAGUUAUGACAUAUUUAGAUCCACCGGAGAUAUGUAAACUUUCGAUGUUAAAUCGAAAUUUUCGGAUAGCUGGUUAUGCUGAUUGUAUAUGGGAAUCGAAAUUGCCUACAAAUUAUGAGUUAAUUAUUGAGAGAUUAUUUGAAAAUUUUGAUGAGAAUUUGUGUAAGAGAGAUGUUUUUGCCUUGCUUUGUCGACCCAUUUUGCUAGAUGAUGGCUCAAAGGGUUAUAAUUGGAAUUUCACAAAUUUCCGAUAUGGUGAUUAUGAAAAUUUUGAAGAAAAUUUGUGUAAAAGAGAUGCUUUUGCCUUGCUUUGUCGAUCCAUUUUGCUUGAUGGUGGCUCAAAGAAGGUUUGGUUAGAUAAGCGUACGGGUAGAGUUUGUCUGUCAAUAUCUUCUAAAGGCUUGGCCAUAACAGGCGUUGAUGAUAGGAGAUAUUGGAGUCGUAUUGAAACAGCUGAAUCAAGGGACACUUCUGUAUUUGGGUUUGGAACCGGCUAUGGUUUGCUGGACUCACAUAGACAGAGUUACAACUUAUGAAUUAUCAGAUACAAGGCUAUUUGGAAUCAGAAGGCCUGUGAGGGUUAGAAUCACAUAAGCCAAAGGGGGCAACAACUAAGGGGUCGUUUAGUUGGGUACUAGUUUUCUAGGGAUUAUAAUACCGGAAUUCAAUUAUGACGAGAUUAUUUAGUGGAUAUACAUUUAUUGUUAGAUGCUUGGUUUAUUGGACUGGAAAUGGUGUAUUAUUUAAAACGUGUUUGGUUUUAAUACUGUAAACCAAACAACCCUCUCGUGUACUGUUUAUGUUAUUAGCUGCUGGCGAUAUCUUAUCGAACCAACUUGUUUCUCGAAUUUCUGAAAUUGAAAUGAUAAUUCCCCAUCUUCCAUAAUUUUUUAAUAUAGGUUCAAAUCCCAAUUUUGAUUGUCUAAUAUUUCUUUAUUUGUCCAACAAGUUUUGUUAUAGAGUUACGUAGUACCUGUACUGGUGGAAGGUAGUAGGUAUCCCACGGAAUUAGUCGAGGUGCGUGCAACCUGGCCCCUUUUUUUUUUUUUUAAAUAUAUAUUCCGUACAUAGGGGGUAGGGAAAGGUGAUUACAAUGUGGGGAUUCGAACUCU